UCAAGUCAGUUUAACCGGUAAACCCUUCAUUCGCUCAUGUUUCAUCGAUUCAUUUUAGCUCAUUUGAUAAUUUUUAUUUAAAAUUAAUAAACACGCUGUAUUAAUUUAAAAUAAUUUAUAUUUGUGUAGAAUUAAAAGAAUAUACUUCAACACUUUACAAACAAAAUACCAACAUGAGCUCAGGUGGAACCCGUGUAUAUGUCGGUGGACUCGUGGAAGGCAUCAAAAAAGAAGAUCUCGAGAGGGAAUUUGACAAAUAUGGCAAACUGAACUCUGUUUGGGUAGCACUCAAUCCCCCUGGUUUUGCGUUCAUAGAAUUUGAAAACAGUCAGGAGGCAGAGGAUGCGUGUAGCGCGAUGAAUGGAUUCGAAAUGUUAGGCGCGACGUUAAAAGUAGAGUUGUCGAGGAAAAGGGAUGGUCCACGUAGGAACGGAGGCAACUUCAGGGGCGGGCGCGGUAACUUCAGAGGCGGUCGUUCGUUCGGCGGCCCGCCCGGGGGCAACAGCAGGUCAUUUGGCAACUCAUAUGGUGGCGGCCGACCCUCGUUCAACCGCAACGGUCAGGGUAACGGCUACGGCUCAGGUGGCGGAGGAGGUGGCAACUUCAGAUCUAGGUCGCCUUUGUCUCGGUUUUAAUUUAGUUUUAGAUGUUAAGUUAGGUACUAGUGUUAUCGUAAUCUGAAGCCUUCCAAGUGUUAAAAUUCAAUGUUUGCUAAUACUAGGGGGUUUUAUGCUGGGAAGAGUUCUAUUGGUAUCCCAAGGAUAUGAAGUUCCUUGGACUAAUCCUCUCGAGACUUCUCAUUCGUCGAGAGAAAUUCAAGAACAACCUUCAGUGAUCAUUUAACAUUUUACCUAUGGCCGUACUUCUAAGUUACAUAAUUAUAAAUAAAAGAUGUCUCUAUAAA